UCUGAAGCGAGACGGAGAGGAGGAUGAGACAGUCUCCUGAAGGCACUGGUGACACCGCUCUGCAAAUACCAAGUUGGAGACCCGAGGUGGAAGGAGGGAGCCAAGAUGUCCGUGCCGCCUUCCCUCUGACUCGCUGCACGGUGUUCAUCCAGAGCCAGAGUGGUGCUUGAGCAGGAGCCACCACCACCACCACGGCUGUCCUCUGAGGGACUGUGUUGUUCACACCUCAGGAGCUGGUCCAGUCCUGAGGGUUUCCCACCUCCAUCCCUUUGCCAUUUUCAGCCCAUCCCUAUGCUGUUUGACUCCCAGAGAGGAUGUCUCUACCCAAAAUCCAAAUAGAAGAGGCUCUGGACAGUGCAGAUACUGGCUCUGGAGGUGCUGCUCCUCCUGAUGACCACCUGAGGAGCCUCAAAGCUUUGACAGAGAAACUGAGACUGGAGACCAGGCGCCCAUCCUACUUGGAGUGGAAGGCAAAGCUGGAGGAGCAGGCAUGGAAAAGCCCACAGCCAGCAGGAGAGGAGGAGGCAACCGAGGCCAAAAAGGACAUGGGGGAGACUGUUCCCUUGAGGAAUGUGCAGCUGCAUCUCAAUGGGAACCCUGCCCAGGACAAGGUGACUCUUACCUCAGGGAGAAUAGGUGGCUUUGAGAGCAUCGAUGAAGCUUUGACAUGGCUCAGGAAGGAACUGGCAGAAAUGCGCCUGCAGGACCAGCAGCUGGCGAGGCAGCUCAUGCGUCUCCGCAGUGACAUCAACAAGCUGAAGAUUGAACAGACCUGCCACCUGCACCAGCGCAUGCUCAACGAUGCCACCUACGAGCUGGAGGAGAGGGACGAGCUCUCCGACCUCUUCUGCGACUUCCCCCUUGUGAACUCCUUCAGCCUCUCCACGCCUCUGAAGCUCAUCGGGGUCACCAAGAUGAACAUCAACUCUCGCCGGUUCUCGCUGUGCUGAAGGGGGGAAGGAGAGAGAAGGAUGGGGGAGAAAGAGAGAGAGAACUGGGUACCACCAGGGUUCUCUCUGCCUGACCACUGGGUGGAAAAAGGCCAAGGAGGAGCAGAGGGAACAGAAGCAAACAGGGAACCCACAGCUGGUCUUGGUGACAGGGUAGAGCAGCAGAGCUGGGCACUGGGACGGCCCAGAAACGCUCAUGGAGAAGACAGGACCUGCAUGGAGGAAGCGUGGAGAGCAUCUGAACCCAACAUGAGCACUUAGCCUGCUCCUUCACAAAGUCCCUUCUUCUCUUCCCCCCACAGUAACUGACCCAGCUCCAGUGUGGUGGUUUGUACUCAAAAAUCAGAGGAGGAGGUCAAACGUCAGCCACAGAGCAAGGCCAAAUCCCUUUUCCCUUCCCCUUUACCUCCUCCCAGGCUAGACCAUCCAGGUCACUCUCCUCCCUGGAUGUCUCCUCGGACAUCAAUCCUCAGCCUCUGCUGGCCCGAGCAUGGUGUCCAUUGGGUUAUUUUGGGUGGGAAGAUGAUGUCUAGUGGAAAGGAGUCCACCCAGCAGGUGAGGCUCCAUGGGUUAAAGGGUACACCACCCCA